UCCUCCUCCUCUUCCUCCUUCUCCUCCUCCUUCUCCUCCUCCUCCUCCUCUUCAUCAUCCUCCUCCUCCUCCUCCUCAUCCUCCUCCUCCUCCUCCUCCUCCUCCUCCUCCUCCUCCUCCUCAUUAUCCUCCUCCUCCUCCUCCUCCUCUUCAUUAUCCUCCUCCUCCUCCUCCUCCUCCUCCUCCUCCUCCUCCUCCUCCUCUUCAUUAUCCUCCUCCUCCUCAUUAUCCUCCUCCUCCUCCUCCUCAUCCUCCUCCUCCUCCUCCUCCUCAUCCUCCUCCUCCUCCUCUUCAUUAUCCUCCUCCUCCUUCUCCUCAUUAUCCUCCUCCUCCUCCUCUUCAUUAUCCUCCUCCUCCUUCUCCUCAUUAUCCUCCUCCUCCUCCUCUUCAUUAUCCUCCUCCUCCUUCUCCUCAUUAUCCUCCUCCUCCUCCUCCUCCUCUUCAUUAUCCUCCUCCUCCUUCUCCUCAUUAUCCUCCUCCUCCUCCUCUUCAUUAUCCUCCUCCUCCUCCUCCUCAUUAUCCUCCUCCUCCUCCUCCUCAUUAUCCUCAUUAUCCUCCUCCUUAUUAUCAUCCUCCUCAUCA